GUGUGUGCGUGUGUGUGUGUGUGUGUGUGCUCGUGUGUGUGUGUGCCAGGGGGGUUCCUAGAGGUAGGAGGGUCAAUUGGGUUCUGCAUAUUGUGCAAGAAGAGAGCAGGAAGCAGUGAGGACGCAUACUCUCUCCUGGAGGAUUACACACACACACACACACCUAUAUAUUUAUAUAUAUACAUACACACGCGGAGUAAACGUGCACGGAUGUCCAACAUGCAGUUAACUCACUUCAUCUGAUAUUUUGUGAGCUGUUUGUGCAGGAGGCUGUGGAAGCCUCCCACCAUGGCAGAAGGAGGCUGUGCGCAGGGCGAGGAGGAGGCCGCGGGUCUGUCCCGAGGCAGCGGGGUCUGCAAGUGGUUCAACAUGCGGAUGGGCUUCGGCUUCCUCUCCAUGAGCAGCAGGGACGGAGAUCCUCUUGAGGAGCCGCUCGACGUGUUCGUCCACCAGAGCAAACUGCACAUGGAGGGCUUCCGCAGCCUCAGAGAAGGCGAGGCCGUGGAGUUCACCUUUAAGAAAUCAUCCAAAGGACUGGAGUCUGUCCGGGUUACUGGGCCCAAUGGAGCACCAUGUUUGGGCAGCGAGAGAAGACCAAAGAGUGCCCAGAAACGAAGAUCCAAGGGGGACAGAUGCUACAACUGUGGAGGUCCCGGCCAUCAUGCCAAAGAGUGUCAGCUGCCCCCUCAGCCCAAAAAGUGCCAUUUUUGUCAGAGCGUUUCCCACAUGGUGGCCAACUGUCCGGUCAAAGCACAGCAGCAGCAGCAGCAGCAUUCGUCUCCAGGCUCUCAGGGAACAGCUACCUCGCGGAGGGACGAUGAAGAGGAGCAAAACUUUGAGUGAAUGAUUGAAGAUAAACUGUGAGGUUUUUCCACUGGAACACUGCUUACAGAAAGAGCUACCUCAGGUUUUAUUUAUUGAGCGAAGAGAUAGGAAUCAUUACCGUGGUACUGAUGUGGUGCGCUGACAGAUGUGCCCACUUUGAAAACUUUUCUUUUUGUUUUUUUGUUUUUUUCUGCCUCAGAUAAGUGUCUUAGCUUUGGAACGAAACAAUCAGACUUACUGUUGGUUCAGCCAUGUAGUAGUCUCUGUCUGGACUGAUUUGACAUGAUGUGUGCCUCGGUUAACUGAGCCUUUUUGUAUACAACAAUUCAAACAUACUGCAGGUUUACAACUCUCCAAAGCAUUGUUCACAUAACAGGGUGUGUAAAAAUGUGUGGCCUAAAGCACCAGAAAGGGCUUGACUGAUAUAUGGGUGUGCAGAUAUUUGAUCAUACUGACAUGUGGUCUAUAUCUGUAUGGUCUAUAAAUGCUGCUUGAUGGUUAUAAUAAACCCACACUGCAGAUGUUACGAUGUGUCAUAACAGGAGAAGCACAUGUGCAAUUAAUAACAUGCUGCAUUCCAUUUAGGUUUCGUGUGUUUAGGCACUUUUGUGCUUACAAACACACUUUACUGGGACACUCAGGAAUUAGAGGGACCUUACAAUGGACAAAUCCUACGUAAGGCAAACCUAUUGGUCCCAUCAUUAAUCCAUCAUCAGUCAAUCAUUCAUGGUAUUAAUUCCACCUGUCAUUUUCCUGCUAUGACAAAUUAAAAUAUCAAAACAAACAGUUGCAUUGGAUUACUAACACACCUUACUGGGACACUCUGGAAUUAGGGGGACCUUUCAAUGGACAUAGGACGAAAUCCUACAUAAGUUCCCAUCAUUGAUCUAUCGUCAGUUAAUCAUUAAUGCUACUAGUUUGUAUAGGUGUACCUCAUAAAGUGGCCUCUGGAAGUAUAUAUCUCAAUUCAUGGACUCAGAGCUGUAGGAACAAUCUCCAUGUACAUCUCCCGACUUUUCAACAUUUCCCGACAUUUCAGUAGUUCCUACCUCAUCUUUCAAAGGCCAGCAAGUGUGGUAAUUAUUUUGGCACCAUCUGUAUUUUCUAAAUCAUAUCACCCGUCUUUGUCAGAUCAUUAAAGACCUUGACAAAACAUCACAGAUGGAGGAAAGUAGCAUGAAUUAUUGGUUUUUCCCUCGUGGCUGGCCAGCAGCUCGAUUAUCAAAUAUCAAAGUUCGUGAUAUUGAUACUUGUCACAAAACAAAGUGGCUACAGUGUUUGUUUCGAAAAUAUUCACACUGACCUUCAAAACCCAUCAUCAUCAGUCGAACCCUUGUGUCUGGUUUCAGAAUGGAGGAUUAAAUUAAAAAUCCUGACAAGAUUAUACCCACCCUGAUUUUGAAGUGAGAUCAAAUUAUAUCAGGUCACCGUGCGGAAAUAGAGAAGUCCAAAAUAUAAGUAUUAGCGAAUAGUAUGAAAAGUUGUAUUAAACAUCUCGCAAUAUUACAACUUUUAUUUUUACAUGUAAUACUAUAACUUUAUUCUCAUACUAUUCUGACUUAUUUUAUUGCAAGAAGACAACUUUGUUCCAAAGACAAUUAAGACUUUUUCUUUAAACAAUGACAUUGAAACUUUAUCGUCCCAAAAAUAGCCUGAAUACUGAGCUGUACUGAUGACACAACACAGUACUACGGCUGAUGAUUGUAUUGAUGAUGAUCAGCUAUAGCAUUGUUGUAAACUUAAAACAAUCCAACAUGUGAAUGUAAGAGA